AUGACCGCCACAGACCCAGGAUUGGAUGUCGACGCCAAUCAGCUGCAGUACUCGAAGUGGAGAUACGCAUCAGUCGUGUUCGCCUCGUUCCUUAUCAACUUCACAGCAUGUGGUGUUCUCUUUGGCUUCGGCGUCUACCAAGAGCACUACGAAACCAUGGUCCCCACGCCAGGCACUCCCUUUACCGGGGCCUCCUCGGCUACCAUUGAUCUUAUAGGGACUCUGUCGGCCUCGCUGAUGACGAUAGUGGCCCCCUUUGUUAUGGCAUGGACCAAAUACUUCGGCCCUCGACCUGUUGUUUGUGCCGGCGGGGUGCUAUUUGGUAUCGCGUCCGUCCUGGCAAGUUUUGGCAAAGCCCUUUGGCACUUUCAGCUUACGCAGGGGCUUUUGAUGGGGCUUGCGACGGGUUUCUCGUUCGUACCGUCCAUGACAGUUUCCCCAACUUGGUUCGAUAAGCACCGAGGUUUGGCGAUGGGCAUAGUAUCCGCGGGGACGGGCAUUGGCGGCCUCGUUUGGGCGCCUGUAAUUUCGGCCUGCAUUACUGUCAUGGGCUUCCGCAACACGUUGCGGCUAACCGGGUGUGUCGCUGCUGCACUCAUCUGCCUCUCGGGGUCUCUCCUCGACUGGGAGGUAUCCAUGGCGAAGCACCUCUCGGCGCAGAAUGAGACCCUCUCCCCCACGACCGCCCUCUUCAGGAUUCCGCUUCCCAGCUGGGGAACCGCCAAACAGCGGCUUUUUAUCGCGCAAGCUGCUAGUACGCUGUUUCAAAGCGCCGCCUAUUAUACCCCUGUUUUCUUCACCGUCGUGUACGCCAAGACCUUGGGGUACGACGAGACGGAUGGUGCGAACCUGACGGCCGCCUCUGGGUUUCCCAGCACGUUGAUCGGGGCCAACGACGAGGCAGUGGCCAGGAAUCUCUUCAUCAGCUUUACCGUCCUGUACGGAUUGUUCGCGAGCGCGUUCAUCAGCCUGUUUCCGGCGGCCCUUAUCGAGCUAUUCGGUGUGACGGAACUUCCACGGAUUGCAGGCGUUAUGUAUAUGUUGCAGGGAUUGGCCGCCCUUGUGGGCACGCCCGUCGCUGGUGUGCUUAUUCCGGGACACGGGGUAUCUAGAGAUCCUGGCAGCUACACCGCCAUGGCAGCGCUGGUCGGCACCUUGAUGGCUUCGGCUGCUGUCGCAGUUACUGGAGUGAGGCUUGGGGCCAUGAAAGGGGACAGUGGGCGGGCUUGGAGGUGGGAGUGGAGGCUCCAAUAA